UCUUUUUCUUUCACAAAAAAAAAAUACUAGAUUCUUCUUUUUUUUUUUGAGGCGCGAAUUUAAAUAGACGCUCCUCUUUUUUCCCUUUUCAAAACGUUUGCUAAUCUCCUUGCUUCCACACACAACCCAUACAGAGGAUACCAGAGGUGCAGUGAUAGACCUAAAAAAUCAACCUAAAAAUCAAGAAAACAUGGCUCCUCCUAACGCUGAUCUCUCUCACUCUGUUACCACUACUACUCAUGGUGUCCGCGCUCCUUUGUUCAAAGUUAACUCUCCCAACGUCCAAUAUACAGAUGAACAUAUCACUAGCAAGUAUGUCUAUCAAAACACCUUGGUUACUCGUCAAUCCGAUGGUUCUUUGAUUGCUGAACCUACAGAAACUAUCUAUGAAUUCAAGACUGAACGUGUUGUUCCUAAAGUCGGUGUCAUGAUGGUUGGCUGGGGUGGAAAUAAUGGUUCCACUUUAACUGCUGCAAUCUUGGCCCAUAAGAACAAAUUAACUUGGCGUACUAAGAAUGGUGUCCAAAAGCCUAACUACUAUGGCUCUGUCACUCAAUCCUCCACUGUUCGUUUAGGUGUCGAUGCUCAAGGUGCUGAUGUCUAUGUUCCCUUAAGUGAAAUGUUGCCCCUUAUCAACCCUACCGACCUUGUUUUAGGCGGCUGGGAUAUUUCUGGCAAGAAUUUAGCCGAAUCUAUGGAACGUGCUCAAGUUCUUGAAUAUGACCUUCAACGUCAAGUCUAUGAUGAUAUGGCCAAGAUGGUUCCUUUGCCCUCUAUUUACUACCCUGAUUUUAUUGCUGCUAACCAAGAAGACCGUGCUGAUAACUUGAUUCCUGGCUCUGACAAGCGUGCUCAUGUUGACCAAAUCCGUAAAGAUAUUCGUGACUUUAAGGCUGCCAAUCAAUUAGACAAGGUAAUUGUGCUCUGGACUGCCAAUACUGAGCGUUUUGCUGAACUUAUCACUGGUGUCAAUGAUACAGCUGAUAACUUCUUAGCUGCUGUCCAAUCUUCUCAUGAGGAAGUUGCUCCUUCUUCUAUCUUUGCCUUGGCUUGUAUUGAAGAAAACGCACCUUUUAUCAAUGGUUCUCCUCAAAACACGUUCGUGCCUGGUUUGAUCGAAUUGGCUAAGCGUCAUCGUGCUUUUAUUGGUGGUGAUGAUUUCAAGUCUGGCCAAACCAAAAUGAAGUCUGCCUUAGUUGACUUCUUGGUCAAUGCUGGUAUUAAGCCUGUUGCUAUUACUUCUUACAAUCAUUUGGGUAACAAUGACGGUAAGAACUUGUCUUCUCAAAGACAAUUCAGAUCCAAGGAAAUCUCCAAGUCCACUGUCGUUGAUGACAUGGUUGCUGCUAACCACUUGUUGUACGCUAAAGACGAGCAUCCUGAUCACACCGUUGUUAUCAAGUAUGUCCCUUCUGUAGGUGAUUCCAAGCGUGCUUUGGACGAAUACGAAUGUGACAUCUUUAUGGGUGGUCGUCAAUCCAUUUCCAUGUACAAUGUCUGUGAAGACUCACUCUUGGCUUCUCCUCUUAUUAUUGAUUUAGUUGUUAUGGCUGAAUUGAUGACUCGUAUUCAAUACAAGACGGCUGACAUGACCAAGUUUAGUAGUUUCCAUUCUGUCUUGUCUAUCUUGAGUUACAUGUUGAAGGCUCCUAUGGUAACACCUGGUACUCCCGUUGUCAACGCCUUAAGCAGACAACGUUCUGCUAUUGAGAACAUCUUUAGAGCUGCUGUCGGCCUUUCUGCUAACAAUGAAAUGGGCUUGGAACACAAGAUUUGGUAAAUCUUUCUUUGUCAAUCAAUAAAUAAAAAGACCCUUUUUGUUCCUAAACAAGUAAACAGACCACGAUUUGAAACAAGGCUCUUUU